CCUGAGACCAUGGUGAUUCCGUUGCCAUCCAACAUUGGCAUUGAAAGGUGGGCUCAAUGGGGCAUUGCCGACCUGGUGCUGCAAGAAAUAUCAUUAAGAGAAGGCCAAGCAAAUGACGCUUUACAUGUGGUGAGGGUGAACUUGGCCAACAAGGCUGUUCUCUUUCACACCAUGGUUCGGUCAGCAAAGUCACAAGCACGGUCAACCAGGGCAUGGGCUCGGGUGCACUCAGUUGACAAGGUCCUGCACCUUAGCACACAGAUAUACUCGCAAUGCCACAAGCAGCUCAUCAAACUCGGUGCCGAGGGCUUAUUGAACAAGUAUCAGCCAUUGAAGAAGGCCGACCUCAAGGCUACUACGGUGGUGGCAGACCUGAAUUCGCAUGGUCAAAGAAAUAGCAUGUUAGCAUGGUUUUGGCCCCUUGAUGUGGAGGGGGAUUCUACAAGCAAUGAUUGGAUGAAUGAAUUUUACCGAGUUCAUUGGCUUAGAACACUGGCAUUGCGUGAUCGUUGGGCAGAGGAACUGCUCCUGGUUGGUAGGGAAAUGAUUUGGGCAGUUGGAUUUUUUAUUCACAAAUCCCAACAAUGGCUCGGCCGAAUGCAGGCAGCCAAUGGAACUCAAACGGUCAGGCACCACUGCUAUGCGGCCCGGCAGGCUCAGAUUUAUCUCCGACUGUCACAGCAUUCACAAGACAGCUUUGACAGAACAAAAGGGGUGGCUGAGGUUGUGGAGUGA